AUAAAUAGAACAAGACCACACUAUACCUCAUUUACUCUUCACCCUCUCCACACCAAUUUAAAACGCCUCUUCUCUUCGAUCACAUUUCACACCCUAACAAAAAAGAUGAAACACCAAACAUUCACAUGCCUCUGUGUUCUGGCCCUUACCAUCAUAGUCUGUUCCAAUGUAUCAAACGCAGCUGAAGACUUGUCCAAGACAUGUGGCCAGGUGGUCUCAAAGGUGAUUCCGUGUUUGGACUUUGCGACGGGGAAAGCACCGACGCCGAAGAAGGAAUGCUGUGAUGCAGCGAAGAGUAUUAAGGAUACGGAUCCGGAGUGUCUGUGCUAUAUCAUUCAGCAGACUCAUAAGGGGAGUCCUGAAAGUAAGAGCAUGGGGAUUCAGGAGGAUAAGCUUCUUCAACUUCCUGGUGUUUGUGGUGUGAAAGCUAACAUCUCUGAUUGUCCUAAGCUUUUGGGUCUAUCUCCAAGCUCUCCAGACGCAGCAAUAUUUAAGAACGUAUCAAAGAUCAACCCUCCUUCAUCGGCUGCAUCAUCCACCGGAACUCCGGCCACACCGACCCCGAGUGGCUCACAUAAACUUAGACCAGUCAUGAUGGGUGAGGUCAUGAUGGCGACUCUAGCCUUUGUUCUUGCCGCAGUACCUACCGGAUUAAUCAGCAUUAAAUUGUGAUGAGUUGGAUCUUUAAAUGCUUCACCUAACCCAAAGUGAAGUCUGGUUGGUUGUUUUGUUUAGUGUUUACUGUUGCAUCUGUUUUCUGUAGGACACUUAAUUGGGCUGCAUCUCUGUAAUGGUUUCUCGAAUUGUGGAAACCUGCUCUUUACUUUCAUUUUCCUUUAUUGUUAUCUUCUUACUUAUCUUCUGUUUCCCAUUAAUAUGGAGUACUAGUUUGUUGGUGAGAUCUUU